AUGCUUUUCAUCGUUGCCCUUACCAUGUCGGCAUUUGUUUGUGCUCAGGCGGACGAAAACGGUCUACAGUGUGUAUUCUCAUGUACAAGAACUGCAAGCUUUACCACGAGCAUCGACGGAGUUGUAACGACGGCGACCUGCACCGUGGACGGAAUGCACCCGAGAGAUCGUUGUGAUGGAUGCUGUCGCAAGGCCUUUUUUUCUUAA